UACGCGAUGGCCGCUCUCUUCACAAUAUAUGGAUUUUAGAGCGAAAACAAUGGCUUCGCCGGUCGGAAAUGCGUGUUGUUGUUUGGGCUAAGUACCGGAAUGGUAGCGGCAUCGUUUUAGCUCGUCGGUUUUGCUUUAGCGCCGGAUCGGAGACGUCUCUUUUCUGUUAGGGUCUCAGUGUUUUUCUUGUUCGUCUCCCGGGCCUGGAUGUAGCUGCCUACACUGUAGCGGCGGGGUUGCUACUUUCGGAUGAGCGGGCAGUAGAUCUCGAAGAGGUGGGGUCUGAAUUUCUGGCGGACCGGAGGUCAAAACAAGUCAGUAGAGCCUCUGAGACGGCUGUAGGAUGGAUCCAGACGGUGGGGCAGAUUCUCAAAAAGCUGUCAGUCUGCAGUGGAAGAGCUACAAACUCGUCCAGGACCCAGCCACCCGGCGGGUUGCACAGAAGAUCUACAGAUACGAUGGAGUGCAUUUCAGUGUGCCAGACUCUGGAUUUCCUCCCGUGGGUGAACUGCGGGACCCUCGACCCCGGAGACUGUGGUCCAGGUAUACAGAACUGUCCCUGCCAGUGCCGAAGUUAAAGCUUGACGAGUUCUACGUGGGUCCCAUACCCCUCAAGGAGGUGACCUUUGCCAGACUCAAUGACAAUAUCAAGGAGCCCUUCUUGGCAGAAAUGUGUGCCAAGUUUGGUGAGGUGGAGGAGAUGGAGAUCCUGUUUCACCCCAAGACCAGGAAGCACUUGGGCCUGGCCAGGGUGUUGUUUACCAGCACCAGAGGAGCCAAGGACACAGUCAAACAUUUGCACAACACUUCUGUCAUGGGAAACAUCAUUCAAGCUCAGCUGGAUAUAAAAGGCCAGCAGAGGCAGAAGUAUUACAACCUGAUAGUAAACGGGUCCUACACUCCUCAGACUGUGCCCCUGGGAGGCAAGGCUUUGACAGACAGGCUCCCGCCUCAGGCCCCAACUCAGCCACAGCCACAACCACAGCCCGACACGUCAUCAGAAAUCAGGCGGAGGCUCUCCAGCGAUCUUGCGGUUUUGGCUGCAGGGGUCCAGGCCCUCACAUCAGGAAGCGCCACCCCUGGCUCUGGGGAUACUGGUUUCAGUGAUCAGCGUCUGGACACGCCGCCCUCCUCCGUAGCAGGUCCUCCCUUCACACCAGGCUCCUCUGCCUCCUCUCAGGGUGGAGGAGGAACUCCUUACAACUCCAGAUCUGGGACUGCUUUCUCACAAGACCCGGGCUUCACUGGCGGCAGGCAUACUGGCUACAACACUGGCACUUUGGGCAGCGGCUACCCUCCCCAGGACAUGCUACCUUCCUCCUCCUCGUCCUCUGCAGUCUCAUCCACCGUCGGAGGAUACAAAGUGUCUCGCUACUCGGAGGAUGCACAGGAACCUUCAGUGUAUCACCGAGGUCGCCCUAUGUACCCCCCGAAUACAUCGUACCGUCCCAACGAGGCGCCCUGCUACCCCCCGUACCCCAACGCCGGAGGGCCCGGGCCACACAUGGCGCACCACUCCUCGAUGCCUCCGCCACCUCUUGCCGCCCAAUACGAUCCGCCCCCGAUGUCAGACAGGGACCGCAACCGCGACAGAGACUCGGGGGGGCGCUACGGGGCGGCGGGGGUCGGCUCCAGAAGGUCAUCAUACCAUCACCAGCAAGACACAAACUCUUCCACAAAGUACCAUUCCCACCACUCCCAUCACCACUCAGAUCGCAGGGAUGACAGGGGGUACCGGCGAGACAGUCUGGGCGCCCGGUCAGGUGACCACGGCCACCAGAGACACCGCAACCACCACCAUUCUCACAACCACCAUGGGGGGGGCAGCAGCAGCAGCCGCAGACGGAGCAGCCACGACCCCGACAGAGAUCGAGACAGAGACCGAGAUAGAGACAGGGACAGAGACAGCGACUACUCCAACAGCUCUGACCCCAGAUACAAUUCCAACUCCUACCGCUCGUCCUCUAACAGCAUGUCUCCUCCCCCCUCGUCUUACCCCGCAUUUUCCUCCUCCAAAGAGCCUGCCCCAGCCCCCCCUCAGGGAUUAGACGCUUCCACUCGUCUAGGGGGCACGAGUCUCGCCGAGAGGGGUUCUCUGCCUCCGGUAGGCGCUGACAACGACUUCCACGCUGGUCACCACAGUGCCCUGCCUCCACCUCCCCCACCGCCUCCCCCCCUCCCACCAGCGUCAGUCAUCGCAGCGGCUGUCGCUGAGACACUCGGAACACUGGACUUCAACCAGGAUAGUCCAACCCACGAAGAGCAGUGGACGAAGCCCAAACGCCGUCCCAGCACCCCACCCGCACCGCCGAAGACGCCCCCGCCUUCCUCCCCGCCCCUCCCUUCCAUCGCUUCCUCCUCGACCUCACCUUCCUCUACCUCCCUCCCCCACCACCUUCCCUCCUCCUCCAGCUCCCCACCGCCCCCUCAACGCGACUCGUCCUCCCCAGAGCCAGACUCCACCAAUGAGAGUUUGCCGUUCGUCUACCACAGCAGCAGCCUGGACUCUCGUAUUGAGAUGCUCCUAAAGGAACAAAAGGCUAAGUUCUCUUUCCUGCCCUCUGAUGAGGAGGAUGAGGAAGAUAGGAAGGAGGAGAAGCAGAGGGGAGUCCGUGGGGAUGGAGGAGAGCGAAGAGGCGGCUCAGGUGACGUAUCGGGGGAGCAGGUGGGAGACAAUGGGGAGAAGGACCACAGGAGGAAAGGGGACAGAGAUGGCCACAGAGGAAGGAAACGAGGAAAGGGGGGAGAAGGAAGGAAGAGUCCCACUGUACUUACAGCGACCAUGCCAUCCUCUUCCACCUACUCUUCCCACAAUCUUUCCCCUGAGGAAGCCCAGGUUGUUCUCACUGGGACUGGAGCUUUGCAGGAGGAAUCUUCACAGGCUGGGUGUGCUGAUACACAGAGCAGGACAGGAGCACACACACCGCCGUACAAUGGACAGAGUCAGUCCUCCCCUCACUCCUCAGGGGAAGACAUGGAGAUCUCCGACGAGGAGGAGGAGGAGACGACCAUAACGACGGUGUCCACCCACCAGCCCUCAGCCACCUUAGGCUCCUCCCCCUCUUCAUCCCAGGCUGCCAUGCCUUCACAAACGGACCCCUCAUCUUCGUCCCCACCCAUCUCUGACUCUGCACAGCACUUUGGCACCUCCAUGCACCCUCCCAUUCCUUCCUACCCUCAUUUGCCUCCUCCACCUCCCCCUGGUUACUCUCUCCAACCCCCGCCUCCCCCCGGGAUCCCUCCGCUGCCCCACAUGGAGCUGCACCCAGAGUACCCUCCUCCCAUGCCCCACCACAUGUAUGACUAUGCCUCGUCCAUGGAGCUGAUGAACCAGUACAGCGGUGGAGCUCCUAUGUCUUUCCAGAUGCAGACCCACAUGCUGAGUCGCCUGCACCAGCUGCGUAUGUCGUCGGCCAACGACAGCCCAGGUCCUGGUGAGGCAGCCACUGCAGACUACACCUCCUACCACCUCCACUCAAUGCCCCCACCCCACACACACCACCCCUACAUGGACCAGGAGGGAAGUGGGGCGGGUGCGCCCUAUGACCAGGACCACCAUUACAUGCCCCACCACAUGGCCUACCCCUACCCCGACCCCCACAGCACUCAGAUCCCACCCCCACCACACCACGGCAUCCCGCCUCCUCACAGUGGCUGGCCGCCACACGUCUUACAGCCGCACUACCCCUCUUACAUGCCCCCCCCCGGCUAUGGCACCAUGCUGCCCGGGGAGGGAGACGAGUACAGGGCUCCAGGGGAGGAGAUGCCCAUGUUGGCUGAGAAUCCGCAUGAAGCCACGGUGCAGAUGGUGCUGGGCACUCUGAUCCAGGAAAUGAAGAACAUCAUGCAGAGGGACCUGAACCGCAAGAUGGUGGAGAACGUUGCCUUUGCGACCUUUGACGAGUGGUGGGAGAGGAAAGAGACCAAGGCCAAGCCUUUCCAGACGAUGGUGAGAGGGGUGUCUGCCUUACGGGACGAUGAGAAAAAAGAGGAAAAGGUCAACCGUCCUCGGGAGCCUCUCACGUCUCUUGUGGAUUGGGCAAAGAGCGGUGGCAUGGAGGGCUUGUCUCUUCGAGGAGCACUACGACUGCCUUCCUUCAAGGUGAAGAGGAAAGAACCUCAGGAGCUUGAAGAGGGAGACAUGAAGCGGCCGCGACCCUCGACCCCACCAGACGAGGACGACGAAGCUGCUGGGGGCAGAAUGCCAGAGGCCAACAGACACGGAGCCGACAGGGACAACAAGAGGAGGAAAAAGAAGCCGAGAAAUCGUAAACCGUGGGAGCUCGGCAGUGAGGGAGAGGAAACUUCAGACGGCUCCUCGACUGAAAAGGAGGAUGAAGAAGAAAGUGAAAAGGAGUCUGAUGAUGAUGCCCUUAGUGUUGAUAGUGAUGAUGAGAGCCUCUCUUCGUCCUCUGAUGGCUCUUCCUCCUCAGGGUCCUCGUCUUCGUCUUCCUCUGAAGAUGAGGAUGAAGAGGAAGGAGAGAGGGCAGAGAGCGAAGGGCCAGACACCAUGGAUGAGUCCACCAUGGACAGCACAACCGAGAAAGAUGGCCGUGAGAAUAGUGCAGCUGCUGUUUCAAAGGCAGAGGUCAAAACAGGUGAAGCCAAGGACCACAAGGCAGAUCCAUCAGCAGCACCUACCAAGCGUCCUCCAUCGCCCCCGUACCCGCGUCCUUCGUCUCCUAUUGUUCUGGUCCCCCCUCUCAAGAAGCGCAGGAAGACCGUCUCGUUCUCCACGGGCGAGAUCGACAGCAAAACGCAGCUGCCGACGGCACCGUUAUCGCCAUCGUCCUCUCAACUGGCAGGUGACUCUCUCCUCCUCUCCCCGUGCAGGCCUCAAGACUCCCCCGUCACUUCCUCCCCAUCCCCCUCGGCUCGUGUCACUCAGGGCAUCCAACUGCUCCCCUUUGCCUCCAAACCGGGUGAAGGCAAUGCCCUCAUCGUGCCCCCAUCGGGACGAACCCAAGAUUCUGAUGAGUCCAAAAAGGGACUUCUUGUGUCUCCUCAGACCACCCUGGUCAAAUCCCCUGGAAAACGUGGUGCAGGCAAAGACUCCCCCAAAUCUCCCGUCCCUCCUGUUAUGGUGUGCCGCACUGUGCAGAACCUGCCGCUGGACCACGCUUCUAUGUGUAGGAUGGCCUUCGAGGAGGCCCCUCCUCCACCUCCCGUCAGCAAACGGUCCAGAGGCAGGCCUCGGACGACCAGCUUGUCUGCGUCGUCCUGUCACUCCCUCAGAGAGGAAGACGAGGAUGAGGAAGAAAGAGAGCAGAGGUUGAGACUCAGAGAGCAGCUGGGGGCCACGGGCCUCCUGCAGCUGGCCUCCGCCUCGACCGCCGACCUGUCCGUGUUGGCUGACGUAGCCCUGAACAUGGACCCUGACGCUGGGGACUCGGAGGAGACGGAGACAUCGGAUGAGGCAGAGGAGCAGAAGAUGGAGGAAGAUCUCUUCUCUCCAGAGUCGCUGGCCCUGGUUAUGAGCCCAGAGGGUGUCGUUGUCCGUAUGGAGCACAACUACUGCAAACCCCUUGUUCUCUCAGUACCAUCUGGUACCAAAAGGACUUCUUUCAAACAGGACCCCUCUGUCCUACUCCCAGCAGACCUCAACACUAUUUCUGGAGUGCUUGAAGCUCCAGAGGAGGUCAUCGGAGAGGCGCUGCCAUCCAGAGGAGACACAGGAGAAUACAUAUCUGCAAUGGGAGUGCUUUGUGAGUCUGAGGAUGCGGGCCAGGCUGCAUCUCUGCCUCCGUCGUCGAAGAAGAAGAGGGCGGUCGGCAAAGGUUUCGAACUUGAAAAGGACAACAGCAAAAAGAGGAGGAGGAAAGACAAAGAGAACAUCGAGGUGCAUCUCGCGCAGAAACAGAAGGAGCAGCCGGGCAAGAAACAGAGGAAGCGGAAACUAGAGGACUCUGAGGAAGAUGUGGACGUGGAGGAGCUCGAGUCCGGGGAGCUGUCCAGCUCCGACACAGAGGACGAACUGGUCGAUGACGUGAGGAAGAGUGAGCGCCUCUUUCUGCAGGAGGCGGGCGUAACGUUGUCCCAGCGCUGGCCGAAACCCGUCCCGGCCGCGCCCGAGCUACCAGCCAAGAAGUUCGAUAACCGCAGUGAGUUUGAGCAGAUGACCAUCCUGUAUGACAUCUGGAACUCCGGUCUGGACGGCGAAGACUUGAGUCUGCUGAGGAAGACUUAUGAAAAGCUGCUACAGGACAACCACAGCUCUGACUGGCUCAAUGACACUCACUGGGUCACCCACACUGUAACCAAUUUGCCAAAUCCUCGGCGGAAGAAGAAGAAUGCAGGAGGUCAGCUUCGUGAGCAUGUGACCGGCUGUGCCAGGAGUGAGGGCUACUACGCCAUCAGCCGCAAGGAGAAGGACGUCUACCUGGACCUGGACCUGCCCGAGCAGGUCAUGCGGGAGGUGGAGAAUGUCGACAGCUCGGGAGCCAACCGGGUCCUCUCAGAGAGACGCUCGGAGCAGCGCCGCCUCCUCACCGCCAUCGGCACCACGGCCGUCAUGGACUCUGACCUGCUCAAACUCAACCAGCUGAAGUAUCGUAAGAAGAAGCUUCGUUUUGGACGCAGCAGGAUCCACGAGUGGGGCCUGUUCGCCAUGGAGCCCAUUGCUGCUGAUGAGAUGGUCAUCGAGUACGUGGGUCAAAACAUCAGACAGAUGGUGGCUGACAAUCGAGAGAAGCGGUACGCGCAGCAGGGCAUCGGGAGCAGCUACCUGUUCAGAGUGGACCACGACACAAUUAUAGACGCCACCAAGUGUGGCAACCUGGCUCGAUUCAUCAACCACUGCUGCACUCCGAGCUGCUACGCCAAGGUUAUCACCAUAGAGUCCCAGAAAAAGAUCGUGAUCUACUCGAAGCAGGCCAUCGCCGUCAACGAAGAGAUCACCUACGACUACAAGUUCCCUCUGGAGGACAACAAGAUUCCCUGCUUGUGUGGAACGGAGAACUGCCGCGGGACACUGAACUAGCGGGCUUCCUUUCCUCACUUGCCAACGUACAGCUGGACCCGGACACCCCGCCCCCCUCCCGGUUCACCCUCCUCAGAGCGGACCUCGAAACAAAGCCACCCUCUGAUUCCUCCCCCCUCACCUCCCCGUCCUCACAAUACCCAGGAAACAGAGACACACACAAACACAUUUGCACUUUUCAUGCACACUUUUCAUUCACUUGGCUUUUUCACAAGCCGGUGUGUGAGAGGUUUGUGUCGGGGGGGGGGCUCUGCUCCGCUCCAGCGUUGGCUCUUCUCCGCUCCAGCGUUGGCUCUUCUGUUGCAGUAUUGUUGGACUCCAUCGGGUGAUAUGUUCCAACCAGGAGGCUCCGUGCAGCCGGGCAUGAAAGGUCUUUAUAGUCUCAUGCCAAUACCCGUUUGAAGGAAGACGCCAGAACAGAACACCAGUAUUGUACUUCUACAUAAUCUAACAGCCUCGUUCACUCUUCCAGUGUCAAAUCCCGCGCAUUAAACCACCACCCAACCAUCCACCACUCACACAGAUCCGCACACAGACGCACAGGAAUAUCUGACGAAUUCAGGGUUUUUAAAAGCGCUUGUCAAGGGCGCACUUUUAAAACGACAACUUUAAUCAAUUAGGUCUUCGGUUAUGCAAGAUUUCAAAGUGUGAAGAUUGUUUUGCCGUUUAUUUUGAUUUCAUUUCAUUGUAUUCUCUAAUAGUACUAUUGCUGUUGUUAAUGGUAGUGUUCUUUAGUUGCAUUAGCUGUAAGUAUCUUACAGUGAAAUGAGCUUCAGUGUAUCCACCGCCCCAUAAAACUAUCAUUUCUCCGCUGUGCAUUGCUCUCCUGAUCUGCCACAACCCGAGAGCAAAGUCCUUUGAACUGUUUUUAACCCCCUGUGAAAAUACGUCGGUUUAGGUUGUAGCUAAAAGUGUUUUAUUUUUACAUGUCUGCAGGAUCAGCACCCCCCCC